CACAACAUGGCACCUGCUGGCAGUGUUGUUGUGGUAGCUCUCUCACUUCUGUACUUAUCCCGUGCUAUAUUUUCCACGGAAUACUUCUCUACACACACUUUCUUCAAUAGCGAACUGCACAAACAUGGUUGCAGCUCUCCGUCAGAGUGGGAGGAAUACACAACGGAUUGCGGUAAGCGCUCUUUUAACACUGUUUUGCCACGUCCUCGUAACUCGCUGUGUAAUGUAGAUAGCUAAACUAACUUCUUCUUUUGCACCAGUUGACAGGAAGUUACAUAGCAAGCCAGAGAGAUAACCCCUUCUCUCGUAGAGGUUAGGAUUUGAUAGUAAAGGUCAGGGUAGAAUCAGAGGAUCCGCAACUAAUAUAUCAAGACUAAUAGAAAGUAUUUCGUCAAGGUCCCUGGGCCCUGAAUAAUGCAGUACUAUGAUGUCCUUAUGUAGUUAAGUUUUUAAACACGAUGCCAGUUAGUACACGCUCUCUGCAGUGUAUGCCUUUCCUGGGCGUGAACGUAACCAAGAGCACACGUCAAAGCUCGCACUGGCUCAUUCAUUGUCUUGCUGGCACAAGUUCAUUAUUUGGUAUGUGAAUUGUAGCUAAAGAAAAUCGAAUUGCUUUGUAAAUGAAUAAAAAUAUCCAGGAGAAUGAAUGAAUGAGGUCAUUUUAUGGGUUUCCCACUGAAGUGUCACAACUUGUUAAGGCUUUUAUGAAUCAAUCAACAAUACAGUAUUAGUAUUUGAUGUGAGCAGUCCCUUCAUUGCAGGUAGAAGCCUAGAAGCCUGUCAAUGUUUGUGAUCCUUAUAUACUCAGUUUGUUAGAUACACCACCCCAUUCACGAAAAUGGUUAGCUCCUACAGACACUGAGUCACGUGGCCAUGGCUUACUAUAUAAAGCAGGCAGACAGGCAUCGAGGCAUACAGUUACUGUUCGAUUGAACAUUAGACUGGGCAAAACAGAACUAAGAACAGAUAUAGCCCCUGGUUCUCCUCAGACUUGACUGCCCUUGACCAGCACAAAAACAUCCUGUGGCAUACUGCAUUAGCAUCGAAUAGCCCCCGCGAUAUGCAACUUUUCAGGGAUGUUAGGAACCAAUAUACACAAGCAGUUAGGAAAGCAAAGGCUAGCUUUUUCAAACAGAAAUUUGCAUCCUGUAGCACUAACUCCAAAAAGUUUUGGGACACUGUAAAGUCCAUGGAGAAUAAGAGCACCUCCUCCCAGCUGCCCACUGCACUGAGACUAGGAAACACUAUCACCACCGAUAAAUCUACAUUAAUUGAGAAUUUCAACAAGCAUUUUGCUACGGCUGGCCAUGCUUUCCACCUGGCUACCACUACCCCGGCCACCAGCUCUGCACCCUCCACUCCAACUUGCCCAUGCCCCCCCCCCUGCUUCUCCUUCACACAAAUUCAGACAGCUGAUGUUCUGAGAGAGCUGCAAAAUCUGGACCCCUACAAAUCAUCUGGGCUAGACAAUCUGGACCCUUUUUUUCUAAAACUAGCUGCCGAAAUUGUCGCAACCCCUAUUACUAGCCUGUUCAACCUCUCUUUCGUAACGUCUGAGAUCCCCAGAGAUUGUCACCCCCUCUUCAAAGGGGGUGACACUCUAGAUCCAAACUGUUACAGACCUAUAUCCAUCCUGCCCUUCGAAAGUUUUUGAAAGCCAAGAUAUCAAACAGAUCACUGACCAUUUCGAAUCCCACCGUACCUUCUCCGCUAUGCAAUCCGGUUUCCGAGCUGGUCAUGGGUGCACCUCAGCCACGCCCAAACUAUAUUAUAACCGCGAUCGAUAAUAGACAGUACUGUGCAGCUGUCUUCAUCGACCUGGCCAAGGCUUUCGACUCUGUCAACCACUGCAUUCUUAUUGGCAGACUAAAUAGCCUUCGUUUCUCAAAUGACUGCCUCACCUGGUUCACCAACUAAAUAAUAAUAAUAAUAAUAAUAAUAUGCCAUUUAGCAGACGCUUUUAUCCAAAGCGACUUACAGUCAUGCGUGCAUACAUUUUUGUGUAUGGGUGGUCCCGGGGAUCGAACCCACUACCCUGGCGUUACAAGCGCCGUGCUCUACCAGCUGAGCUACAGAGGACCACAACUACUUCUCAGAGUUCAAUGUGUCAAAUCGGAGGGCCUGUUGUCUGGACCUUUGGCAGUCUCUAUGGGGGUGCCACAGGGUUCAAUUCUUGGGCCGACACUUUUCUCCGUGUAUAUCAAUGAUGUCGCUCUUGCUGCUGGUGACUCUCAGAUCCACCUCUACGCAGACGACACCAUUUUGUAUACAUCUGGCCCUUCAUUGGACACUGUGUUAACAAACCUCCAAACGAGCUUCAAUGCCAUACAACACUCCUUCAGUAGCCUCCAACUGCUCUUAAACACUAGUAAAACUAAAUGCAUGCUCUUCAAUCGAACGCUGCUGGCACCAGCCCACCCGACUAGAAUCACUACUCUCGACGGGUCUGACCUAGAGUAUGUGGACAACUACAAAUACCUAGGUGUCUGGUUAGACUGUAAACUCUCCUUCCAGACUCACAUUAAGCAUCUCCAAUCCAAAGUUAAAUGUGUGUACCUAAUAAACUAGCCACUAAGUGUAUAUAUAUCCCCUUAAUGACCAUGUUGGCAGCAGUCUGGGCGAUUUGUUGUCUGAUGCUGUAUGUUUCCCUACAGAGUCCUUCAUUCUACAGUUGGAGGACCCAGACUGUGAGGAAGGAAGCAACCCACCAUGCGAGUCUGUCUUCUCUCUCAACGCAGAGAAAAUCUUGGUGAGAUGCACCAAAUUCACUGAGAUCUCAAUGCUUUUGCCUGGGCAUUUCUGUUUGACUGACGCAUCAUUGUCGUGGAAUAACUACCAUUAUCUUUGUUCAAACAGAGACAAGCCAAGUUGUUCAUAGAGCAGAAGCGAUUCCCUUUUGCAGUGGACAACCACAACACAAAUGAGGAGCUUGGUAAGAAAUUAUUCCUGAAAGAGUUUGGUUUGUGGAGUGUAUGCUAUACAUUGCUUGACUCUCAUUAUUCAUUUCAUUGCAGCUAUAGGAUAUGUUCUUAUUGGCAAUGGCCUGUACGAUGAAGCCAUCAAACACUUCUCCUUGUUACUACAGGUUGGUUAACAUUCAUAGAUGCAUGAAUUACAACACUAAUCUUUAUACAUGUCUGGUCUUCUUGACAGUUUGAAUAAUGCAUAUUUUUUGUUUAGCCAAAUAUAUGAAUAGUAGAGAGACAGACUUCAUCGUCCCCCAUGAUUAAAUCGGGGAGGGGACUGUCGAUCUGUCUCCUUUCGUCACACGCAAAAUCUCAGACAGCACUGGCCCGAUUUUGACGGAACUUGGGUGAAUGAUGCGUCUUGCCAAAGAGAUCCUGCAUUUACUAAAUUACACAGAUUGACCAGAUGGUGGCGCUAUAACAAGCGAUUGAAAAUGCAAACUUUGAAAGGUCACACCCCUCACCCCGUUUGAGCUAAAGUCAUGAAAUUCUGUACAUAGGUCCCUCUCCUCACAAGGAACAAAUGCGCCUAAGGCCCGCCAUGAUGGAUUUUCCGCAAUUUGGAAAAGAAAAUGAACACUUAAAACGUUACUCCUCUGGCACUAAAUGACCAAUCCGCACGAAACUGGAUAUGUGGCAUCUAAGGACAAAGGUCUCUCAAUGCAAUAUUUUCCAGACUAGUACCUAAAAUAACAUGGCUGCUAUUGACCAAUAAACAUUCACGUGGGUGUGGUCUGGCACAUAAAUGCAUAUAAAUCAGUCACAGAUAAUCGUACUGUAACAAAAUGUGGUGCACAUGUUGCAAACACUGUCAAGACUCAACAUAUGCAAGAACAUUCAUAUCCACUUGAAUAUUCAUGGCGCUAUAACGGGCACAUGUUUUGGUACUAUCAGUAAAGUCUACUUUGAAUUGUUGUCGCUAAUUGGCCGGGGGGGCUGCAUCAUUCGUGGGGGACGACAUGUUUACUGUUGCCUUGUUUACAUUACAGUACUUCCUCUCUUUUCUCCCUGCUUUGAAUAUGUUGUGCGGUUUGCAAUGGAGGAUAUCAGUGUGUGUUGUCCUCUGGUGUACUAGGGGGAUCCAGAGGUGGUCAGUGCCAUCUACGGGAGAGGGAUAGCAUACGGGAAAAAGAGUCUGCAGGUAAGUGAUCACAGCAGCAUGAUACUAGUUCACAGAAUGUUGAUACCAGCAGUUUUAUUCAGACAGCAAAUGUUUUCACUGUGACACAUCAUAAAUACAAAUCUAAUCUGCACUGCUCAGCAGUUAGGAUAUGUGCUUGUCAGUGGACGUGAUUGAUGAAGGCUGCGAGCUGCCUUUUCUUUUGUCCUGGUGUGUCCAAUAGGGGUGACACUGUCUCUUCUCUUCUCCUUCUAUGGAAGGACAUCAAGAAUGCAGACUUGGCGCUGUUCGAGUUGAGCCGAGUCAUCACUCUGGAGCCCAACCGCCCUGAGGUGUACGAACAGCGGGCAGAGGUGAGGAUAAUUCUAUGCCUGUUACGGCUUCAUGGGUUAACCCGCUGCUUGUGUUAUACCUUGUGUUAGGGUAUUGGUUUUCAUUGGGGUUUACUAUCAUGCUUGAAUUGCAUGUCUGUUUAAAUGGAGGACGUUUCUGUGUCACCACAUGCAAAAUGGUUACAAAUGAGUGAGGGCGGUGGUAUUCUCUCAAGCAGGCUUUAAAAUACAUCUUACAGAGGAGGCAACUGCUGUUGUAUUAACAAUAUGCCUUGAAGUAGUCUAGCUACUAGACCAUUGGACUCCCCCACACAAGUGAAAUAAAUGGAAAUUAUAGUAGCAUUUAUGUGUUUCAAGUUUUACUUGAUUGAUGGACUUGCAGAUCCUUUCUCCACUUGGGAGGAUCAGUGAGGCUCAGAGUGAUCUCUCCAAAGCCAUCCAGCUCCAGCCCUCUGCCCGCCUCUACAGACACAGAGGAACUCUGCUCUUCAUCUCCGAGGUCAGACUGACAGACAAUGUAUAUGGGGUCUCUGAUUGGUGGUGUUGAUAUAUAAAGUUCUCACAGUUGGUUUUAUGAUUUUGUUUUUCCCCAAAUAGGAUUAUGUGGCAGCUAUGGAGGAUUUUCAACAGUCUUUGGAUCUGAAGAAAAACCAACCCAUUGCCAUGCUAUACAAAGGUCUAACAUUCUUCCACAGAGGAAUGCUCAAGGUAUAGACAUUUUUGUACAAAACCAUAGUUGCUCAACUUUGAGUACUGCCAGUAUAACCAGUUUUUGGUUAAAUAAUUGCAUGUUUAUGACUCAAUAUUGUCCCCCAUUCAGGAAGCUAUUGAAACAUUCAAGGAGGCCCUGAAAUUAAAAUCUGACUUCAUAGAUGCAUACAAAAGUCUCGGACAGGCCUACAGGUACAGUGGGAAUGCUCUAUGACCUGCUUUGGUUCCAACCUGGUCAGUUCACAUCAUGGUCAGGAAAAACUCAGGGCCUUAGUACUCAUGGGCCAAUGCAGUGAGUGAUCCCUGUAACCUGUCUGUAGGGAGCUGGGAGACUUUGAGGCAGCUAUGGAGAGCUUCCAGAAAGCCCUGAUGCUCAACCAGAACCACAUCCAGUCUCUGCAGCUGAGAGGCAUGAUGCUCUACCACCACGGCAGCCUCCAGGAGGCUGUCGGCAACUUCAAGGUAAUGGCCGUGUCACACAGCUUCUUUCUCCUGACACGAUAUCAGUCUACCAAUGACAGUACAGCUGAACUAGUUAUUCUACAUCUACCCUCUCAUGACAACAGACUGCUUUACUGUGGACUAUGUGCAAUAGUACUGGCUAGGAUGGGGCUGGCCUGCCUAAAAAUGAUUCUCAUUUGCAUCAGUUUUUCUAAGCAUGCUGUCUAGAGAAAAAACCCUUGGAUCAAUACUUGUCCCACUCCAUUUGUAACUCAUCAUUCCAGCCGUUACAAGCGAUUCUCCUGAUGUUUUGUUUUCACUGUGACGUCAGGCGGUUGAUGGCAUCGCAGGCUAACGAGCAGCCGUGCCGCUGAUCAGACGCGCGUCACGUAGGCCACUGCCUCUCUCUGUCCCCAUGGUCGCAUUUGGCAGCGUAAGCGACCUGCCUAUUUGCCUACUGUCCCAUCGGCAGCCCUGCUGUGGUGACUCAGUAGGCCUCACGCAUUGAUGUGUAAUAGAUGUGGCGUUACUAUGACGGUUACUAUUACCUCCCUCCAACACAUCACCUUGCAUGACCGUGUCACGUGUUUCCCAGGCUGCCUGUAGAGAAUGUGGUUUGGUGGGGUCAUGACUCACCGGGCUAGAGCUGUUAGCCUCAGGCCAUUCACACUGUCAACAGCGAAAGUUUAAGUGACUGCAGUGACAUCCACUUUGAGUCAGAAUUAUGUAUGUGUGAAUUUGAGGUUCCCUCCCUCCAUUUUGAAUUCUUACACCUAUGUGCGUCAUUGGGCUUGGUGUGUAACACCUCCAUGUUGUGUUUUGCAGAGGUGUCUACAUUUGGAGCCCUACAACGAGGUGUGUCAGUACAUGAAGGGCCUGAGCCACGUGUCCAUGGGGCAGUUCUAUGAAGGCAUCAAGGCUCAGACUAAAGUAAUGUUGAAUGACCCUCUGCUGGGCCAGAAGGCAAGCUCGGAAUAUCUCAAAGUGAAAUACCUUCGAGGUGAGUGCAGCAUUAGUGACUUUAGCUUACUAAACUCCACUCCAUGGUGAAGGACGUUUCUGAUUAACUCCACCAACGGAGUGGAGCAGAGACCAGGCUUUGUGGAAUUCAGCUCUGACUAUAUCGAUUCACCCAAGGUCAAUACUUAAAAAAAAUAUAUUAUGAAAUUCUUACUAUGUACCUAUGUUUGUCCUCUGUAGUUGCGUGCCUUUCUUUGUUUGCUGAAAUCAUACUUUUUCAAUAAACGUUAAUCAAAUACAACCACCACCUGUUUCCUUGUUGAGAUUCAGUUGGUGCAUUUGCGCUGAGUUGCCAUCUUAGAGCAACAGCAAUGAGGAAACAGUCGGUGGUUGUAUUUGAUUGUUUAUUGAUCAAGUAAGGAUUUCAGCAAACAAAGAAAGGCACGCAACUACAGGGGACAAACAUGGGUACAAGGUAAGCAUUUCAUAAUUUAAAUUUAAGUGUUGACCUUGAGCAAAUCGAUGUAGUCUAAGCUGAAUUCCACAAAGCCUGGUCUCUGCUCCACUCCGUUGGUGGAGUUCAUCAGAAACUUCCUUCACCGUGGAGUUUAGUCAGCUAUAGUGACCUCUUAACUAACAUUUCAACCUGAAGCGGAAUGUUUUGUCUUUGAUAAUUUCUUGCCUAUGGAGAUAUGGUUAGAAUUUUCCUCAUGUCAUUUCCCCCCACAGAAUACUCUCGCUACUUGCACUCACAUCUCGACAAACCUGUGGCAGAAUAUAAUGUUGAUCAGGAUCUUCCAGGAAACUUCAAAAACCACUGGGCAAAACACCUUCCUUUCCUUAUAGAGGACUAUGAGGAGCAGCCAGGACUGCAGCCUCAUAUUAAGUGAGUUUAAAGGGAUAGAACCUGCUGCUGACAGUUCAAUAUUUUCUGCCAGCACUGCAGUAUAGGCUAACUGAUGGGUAAUGGAGCAGGCUCUUUUACAGUAGAUGACGUUAACAUACUGUGUGUUUGUGCUAUUCAAUCCAUUUGUAACCUGCCCAACUGAUCUUGUAUCAUGCCUUGCCAUUGUAGAGAUGUUCUACCUCAGAACUUUGAAAGCUACAACACUGAAGUUCAGAAGCUCAUUUGCGCUGCUGAUCACCUUGGUGCCCUUAUGCAAUACGACACACCAGGAUUUCUUCCCAAUCGCAGAAUACACAGAGGUGGGUGAGAUACUGAGCACAUUCGAGUUCAGCCUCAAAUCUGUUGUACAUUCUUGGCUGAAAUCAGAUUGAGUUGUUGAAAUCAAUUAACUCUGUCAGUUUAAUGUGACUAGUAUCAGCCCUGAACAACAUGUCCUUUGUUAAAAAGAAUGUGCAUGCUGGUACUCACGUCAAAAUAACAAACAAGCUAUUGUACAAGUUGGUCUUUCUGGAAUACAUAUUGUCUUACCCCAUCCUAUGUCUUUAAUCCAGUAGCGCCAUAACAGUAUAUUUCAAAGUUCUGAAAUUGAAUAUGUGCUGUGUUUCACCUCAAUAGCCAUGGGCCUAGCAACUCUAGAGGUCAUGCAGGCUAUGCAGCGCACCUGGAGCAACUCAAAGGUGCGAGUCAACGGCAAAACCAGGCAGAUGCAGUGGAGAGACAUGUUCGAUAUUGCUGUCAAAUGGAGGAGGUGAGGCUUGGGUGUGAGAUUGUUUUAUAGUAACAUUUUUUAAAAUGUUAUUACCGCAAUGCACAUCUGCAGUAUCAAUCACCCUGUCUACUGUUUCUAUAUUGUCAGUCUGUGAGGUUGUUCUGUCCCUCUGAAGGAUUGCUGAUCCAGACCAGCCUGUUCUUUGGCUGGACCAGAUGCCUGCCAGAAGUCUCAGCCGAGGGUUCAAUAACCAUAUUAACCUCAUUAGGUAACCUAAAGGAAAAUGACAUAAAAUCAUCUCAAAGAUAGUCACUGUGUGAAUCUGACACACAACUGUUGAGUCAAGUUGUAUUUUUAGAUAUCCCUUUUGAUAAUGUGGUUUUCCUGUUUUGUUUGUUUCCUCAGAGGACAAAUCAUCAACAUAAGAUACUUGGCCUACUUUGACAACAUACUCAAUUUCAUCAAAGACAGAAUAUUGGUUUACCACAAGUGGGUCUUUUAAAGAAAAAUACAGAUAGCUUUUUAUUGGAGAAAUAUCUUCUACAUGGUGAUAUAUGUUGACUUACUGAUGCGUUGUCCUCAGGGCAUACAACCCAAGAGGGCUACUGGAAGUCAGACAAGCACUGGAAAAUGUGAACAAGGUGGAAGACCUUCUCCCCAUAAUGAAGGUAAUAAUGACACAGGGGAGGUUUAGGAAACCCUCCGGGCCAGUCCAUCAUCCCCGUCAGUGGCCCGCUUGGGAUUUUUUUGUUGUUGUAAUAAUGCUAUUUUUAAUCUAGGCUAUAUAAUUGAUUAAAAAAAACGGAAUUCCCGAAGCUGUUAUGUUGAUUAUUUAUCACACGUGCGUUGCACACACACAGCCUAGUUUGAGAUAAUCUGUCAGGCAGAGAGUGCGCAGCUCUCAAACAGCUGGUUGUUUGGUGGAGCCGCUCACCAAAGACCGACAUUGGUAGGGGUAGGAAAGAUGUUCCAAGUUAUGAUAUCUAGCCUACCAGUAAACGCGAAGGCAAGGUAUUUAAAAAGUUCAAAGUCUUGGUUGAAUAUUUGUGAUGCACAAUUCAUGCAUCCUGGAAUAGCCUACCAUGAAAAUCUGACAUUUCUUCUAUUUGGUCCUUGAAAUGUCCUUGACGUUAUGUUAGCCGAUUUUAGAAGUUCUACUUCUCCAAUGGCAAUAUAAUUAUUCUGUGAUAUCAUUUCUGAUCAGUUUUUAUGAGAGAUGUUGCCGCUUUCGUUUGUUUUCUGCAGUUUCAAUUAACGAGUUCCAUUACAAAGGGUACCCGGUUUUUGUUCACUUUCUCGUUUUAAAACAUGGUACAAUAACCCCUCAAUAACUUUUCAACAACUCUUCUCAAAUGGCGAGACUGAGUAGCUACCACAUGGACAGACUGCAUUUGUGUUUGUCAGGAGGAUCUACUGGGGCAUGCUGUCUAUUUAGUCAGUCAGUGCCCACAUUAUUCUGACAUACAGUACCAGUCAAAAGUUUGGACACCUACUCAUUCAAGGGUUUUUCUUUAUUUUUACUAUUUCCUACAUUGUAGAAUAAUGGUGAACACAUCAAAACUAUGAAAUAACAUGUAUGGAAUCAUGUAGUAACCAAAAAAUUGUUAAACAAAUCAAAAUAUAUUUUAUAUUUGAGAUUCUUCAAAUAGCCACCCUUUGCCUUGAUGACAGCUUUACACACUCUUGGCAUUCUCUCAACCAGCUUCACCUGGAAUGCUUUUCCAACAGUCUUGAAGGAGUUCCCACAUAAGCUGAGCACUUGUUGGCUGCUUUUCCUUCACUCUGCCGUCCGACUCAUCCCAAACCAUCUCAAUUGGGUUGAGGUCGGGGGAUUGUGGAGGCCAGGUCAUCUGAUGCAGCACUCCAUCACUCUCCUUCUUGGUAAAAUAGCCCUUACACAGCCUGGAGGUGUGUUGGGUCAUUGUCCUGUUGAAAAACAAAUGAUAGUCCCACUAAGCCCAAACCAGAUGGGAUGGCGUAUCGCUGCAGAAUGCUGUGGUAGCCAUGCUGGUUAAAUGUGCCUUGAAUUCUAAAUAAAUCACCAGACAGUGUCACCAGCAAAGCACCCCCACACCAUAACACCUCCUCCUCCAUGCUUUACGGUAGGAACUACACAAUGCGGAGAUCAUCCAUUCACCCACACCGCGUCUCACAAAAACACAGCGGUUGGAACUGAAAAUCUCCAAUUUGGACUCCAGACCAAAGGACAUAUUUCCACCGCUCUAAUGUCCAUUGCUUGUGUUUCUUGGCCCAAGCAGGUCUCUUCUUCUUAUUGGUGUCCUUUAGCAGUGGGUUCUUUGCAGCAAUUUGACCAUGAAGGCCUGAUUCACACAGUCCCCUCAGAACAGUUGAUGUUGAGAUGUGUCUGUGACUUGAACUCUGUGAAACAUUUAUUUGGGUUGCAAUUUCUGAGGCUGGUAACUCUAAUGAACUUAUCCUCUGCAGCAGAGGUAACUCUGGGUCUUCCAUUCCUGUGGCGGUCCUCAUGAGAGCCAGUUUCAUCAUAGCGCUAAUGAUGGACUGUCAUUUCUCUUUGCUAAUUUGAGCUGUUCUUGCCAUAAUAAGGACUUGGUCUUUUACCAAAUAGGGCUAUCUUCUGUAUACCCCCCUACCUUGUCACAACACAAAUGAUUGGCUCAAACGCAUUAAGAAGGAAAGAAAUUCCACAAAUUAACUUUUAACAAGGCACACCUGUUAAUUGAAAUGCAUUCCAGGUGACUACCUCAAGAAGCUGGUUGAGAGAAUGCCAAGAGUGUGCAAAGCUGUCAUCAAGGCAAAGGGUGGCUAUUUGAAGAAUCUGAAAUAUAAAAUAUAUUUUGAUUUGUUUAACACUUUUCUUUGGUUACUACAUGAUUCCAUAUGUGUUAUUUCAUAGUUUUGAUGUCUUCACUAUUAUUCUACAAUGUAAAAAAAAAAGAAAAACCCUUGAAUGAAUAGGUGUGUCCAAACUUUUGACUGGUAGUGUAUUUUAGAAUGUAAACAUAAUGUGAAUGUCAAUGCAUAAUGCCAUUGGGUAUGCCUAUUAAAAAUGCAUUAUUCUUCGUGGUUAUGCAUACUUUUUUUUGCAUAAUUAUAAUUAUUUUAUUUUUUAAUUAUCCCCAAUUUCGUCAUAUCCAAUUACGAUCUUGUCUAAUCGCUGCAACUCCCCAACGGGCUCUGGAGAGGCGAAGGUCGAGUCAUGCGUCCUCCGAAACAUGACCCGCCAAACCGCGCUCCUUAACCCGGAAGCCAGCCGAACCAAUGUGUCGGAGGAAACACUGUUCAACUGACGACCGAAGUCAGCCUGCAGGCGCCCGGUCCGCCACAAGGAGUCGCUAGAGCGCGAUGAGCCAAGUAAAGCCCCCCCCCAGCCAAACCCUCCCCUAACCCAGAUGACGCUGUGCCAGUUGUGCGCUGCUCUAUGGGACUCCCAGUCACGGCCGGUUGUGACACAGCCUGGGAUCUGUGUCACAGACCUCUGCGCCACUUGGGAGGCCCAUAAUCAGUUUUUUUUUUGUUGGGGGGGGUUCUUCUUCUAUAUAGGCUAUUUACAACAAUUAAAUGUAAAAUGUAGGUCCUUGAAAAUUACAAUUAAGUCCUUGAAUUUGACCUGCCAGUAUAAACCCUAUAUAGGCUACUUAAUCAGUCCGUAAAUGGAAGAUAAAAUCACUUACUAUUGAAAUUAUGCGUGCAUCAUUCGCUUUCCUGUCAGAUCUAGACUCUGGACAGUAUCAUUUUCAUUUGCGUCAGUAGCUUUCAGUUGGCACUGUCCCGGUGAGCCACUGGCAAAUUUACCUAAAUGUCGAGCCCAGGAACAACACCCUGAUAAGAAAAUAUUGACUCCUCUGGACCCAGGGGUCAAAGCUUUGAGGCCUGAUGUAUUCAUGGGAAUAGCAUCUAGGAACUACUGAGUGGUGUGUGUGAUAUCAUGUACAUCAGAAUUGAGAUCUAGGUCAACUUGGCAUGAGUUUCACAGCUGAUAGAAUGUCUGAUUUGCUGCUGUUUUGCAUUUCUAUCCUGAAGCAGUUUAACAGUAAAACGAGGGAUGGCUUCACAGUGAACUCUAAGGUGCCCAGUCUAAAGGACCCUGGGAAAGAAUAUGACGGUUUCACCAUCACCAUAACAGGAGACAGGUCAGUUUAUUUGGUUCUAAUAAAUUAAUAAAGAACUAAGCUCUUGACAUUAUAGUCUACCUCCGUCAGUGGUUUACCUAAGAUAUUCCAAUCAAAUGGAAAUUCAAUAAUUUUUCCCAUCACAGAACAUAAUUUAAUGUUCAAAAACAUUACAUUUACAUUUACAUUUUAGUCAUUUAGCAGACGCUCUUAUCCAGAGCGACUUACAGGAGCAAUUAGGGUUAAGUGCCUUGCUCAAGGGCACAUUAACGUCAUUUAGCAGACGCUCUUAGCCAGAGCGACUCACAAAUUGGUGCGUUCACCCUAUAGCCAGUGGGAUAACCACUUUACAAUUUGGGGGGGGGGGGGGGGGGUUAGAAGGAACACUUUAUCAGGGUUUAAUAUGUCAACUUGGCUUAGUUUAAAGCAGUUAAAUACAGGUAACUACCAAAAUACAGAAAACACUUGAGUAAAUGAGGGAUACAAAGUAUAUUGAAAGCAGGUGGUUCCACACAGCUGUGGUUCCUGAGUUAAUUAGGCAAUUUACAUCCAUCAUGAUUAGGGUCAUGUAUAAAAAUGCUUGUCAGGCAAUUAUUUUGGCUACCAUGGCUAUGCCCCCAUAGGAUGACAAUGCCCCCAUCCACAAGGAACGAGUGGUCACUGAAUGGUUUGAUGAACAUGAAAACGAUGUAAACCAUAUGCCGUGGCCAUCUCAGUCACCAGAUCCCAACCCAAUCGAACACUUAUGGGAGAUUCUGGAGCGGUGCCUGAGACAACGUUUUCCACCACCAUCAACAAAACACCAAAUUAUGGAAUUUCUCGUGGAAGAAUGGUGUCGCAUCCCUCCAAUAGAGUUCCAGACACUUGUAGAAUCUAUGCUAAGGUGCAUUGAAGACGUUCUGGCUUGUGGUGGCCCAAUGCCCUAUUAAGAAACUUUAUGUUGGUGUUUCCUUUAUUUUGGCAGUUACCUGUACUUCAAUGAAUAAUAUUGUUGUUCAUUCGAAUUCAGCGCUCAGACAUUUUUGUUAGGGAACUUCUAGCAAAUGUUCUAGGUCUGUUUGUUGACGUUGCGUUGAAGUUACAUUAUGUAGUAGAAAGACCUACUCCUUUCUUAGCAUUAAACAAUGUUGAACAGGGAAAUAAAAUCUAACUUUCCCAAGAGCCCCUUGAUGGGAAAGAACCAGACAAUCAGUCCCUUUGGGGGUGCAGAACAAAAAUACUGAGAAACUGCCAGAGGCAAGAGCUGCAGUGAGAAACAUAUUGUAAAGGAUUCCUCAAGUGUGGAAUAUUAUCUAAAAAAUAAUGGUUGCAUCUGAGAAAUGAAAUAUAAACAGCCAAGUCCCCUAUUUGAACUGAUUUGAAUUCUUUGUCAUUCAGUUCGAACUUUCUAAGACAUCUUGAAAUACAAGACUUGAAAUACUAUGAUUCAGCUUGUUAUUCUCAGCUCUAACCCUACAGCUUUCACCAAAGUGCAGUUUGUUGUCUGUCCCUUGAUGAAUGUUGAUGUACAGUACCACAGUGUUUGUACAGACCAUGGUACAGACCACAGUGUUUGUACAGACCAUGGUACAGACCACAGUGUUUGUACAGACCAUGGUACAGACCACAGUGUUUGUACAGACCAUGGUACAGACCACAGUGUUUGUACAGACCAUGGUACAGACCACAGUGUUUGUACAGACCAUGGUACAGACCACAGUGUUUGUUCAGACUGUGUAUUUGUGUUGCCUUAGAGUGGGCAACAUGCUGUUCUCAGUGGAGACCCAGACCACAGAGGAGCGCACUCAGCAGUACCAGUCUGAGAUCGAGUCCAUCUACAAAGACCUGACUGCCAAGGGCAAGGCUCUCAUGCUGUCCACUGAACUUGGGGUAUGCUCUCUCUCUUCCUCGUUCCCUCUGUUUUCUUUUCUCUGACUGUCAUCUCAACAAUCCAAUCCAUAAUGUUGCUCUACUAUCUGAUAUAACGCAAAAAUGUUCCUAUUGUCGUGUUGAUAGAUUCACUCUCUACCACUGAAAAUGGGGAGCAGUCAGUUUUGUAUGAGGCUAGCUAACCUGUUAAGUAUUCAGUCCCUUAAACUUAGUAGACCCCUCCCAAGUUAAAAUUCCAUUAACAAACUUCACAUGACUUAAUCAUGAUGGCUCACAUACAGUAUCAAUAUCAGUCUCCUAUUGUUGUAUAAUCAUAUUACCUCUGUAAGUGGACCCUGUAUUGUGUUUUUGUUUCUCUCUUUCAGGAUGCAGAUGCAGUGUGUAAUUUAAUUCUCUCCCUGGUUUACUACUUUUGUAAUCUUAUGCCCCUCUCCAGAGGGUCCAGGUAAGGUGUUGUCCAAGUCAUAUUUUCUGCUAUAACCAUUAAGACAUGAUGUAACGACACGGUUUUCAGUUGGUCUUGUCUGAAUUGUGAUUUUACUUUGUGAAAGGUUUUUUAGUUAUGAAAUAAGUCUCAUUUCCCUAUAUUUUGUCCCUAUUUCCCAUUUUGGACAGUGUUGUGGCAUACUCUGUUGUCAUGGGAGCACUGAUGGCCAGUGGAAAGGAGGUGAUAGGCAGAAUCCCCAAAGGGAAGGUAAUACUGAUGAAUAGUUUUGCUCUACUAUACACCACUUUAUUAUAAUACAUUACCAGUGGUGGAAAAUGGGUUAUUCAUAAUCAUGUAUGUUAUAUGUAGUUAUCAAUUAGCCUGUUUUUAAGCAUUUUCCUUGUUUAUGAUUUUUUUUUCUUCUCUCCAGUUGGUUGAUUUUGAAGCCAUGACAACGCCCAGUCCUGACAGGUUUAGUAAAACUGCAAAAAACUGGAUGAAUUUAAAGAGGUGA